AUGUCACCCACAACCCACCACAUAGUGGUCAUCGAAGCCAUCCACUGCCCAAUCCCCGAAUUCAACCUCCCCGAACCCCACACACGAGCAAUCCACCGAUGGACAGAACCCAGCGAGCUUCCCUCACGGGUGAAAGACGCCACAAUCCUCAUAACAACAACAAUCCGCCUUAACGCCGAAACCCUUAGUCCCAGCAUAACCCCCAAUCUCCGUCUAAUAGUCAUAAUGGCAACCGGCACCGACUGCGUCGACAUAGCAGCCGCCACAGCCCGCAACAUCCCCGUCUGCAAUUGCCCAGGUAGCAACAUCGACAGCGUCAGCGAACACGCAAUCGGACUAUACUUCGCGACGCGCCGCAAGUUCGUCGAGCUCCACAAUGCCACUGCUGCUGUGCCGACGGAUCCAGCGCUCGACACGGAGUGGAAGACGAAUGGGUCUUUGCUUAGUCGGGUUCGGGCAUCUGAUGGAAAGGCGCCGUUGUUGUGUGCCGAUGAGACGGUUUGCGUUGUUGGCUAUGGGGCGUUGGGGAAACGCAUUGAGACUCUGGCCAGGGCGCUGGGGAUGGAGGUUAUUAUUGCUGAGAGGAAGGGGGGGGGUAUUGUUGAUGAGAAGGCGUUACUGGGGGCGUUGAAAAGGGGGGUUAUUGCUGGUGCGGCGACGGAUGUUUAUGCUGUUGAACCGGCUGGACGGGGGGAUUCGCCGUUGUUGAGUGAGGAGGCUAAGGGGUUGAAUUUGGUGCUUACACCGCAUCUUGCUUGGUAUUCGGAGAAGACGUUGAGGAAUCUUCAGGCUACGGUGAAGAAUACGGUUGAGAAGUGGUGUGUUGGUGAGACUAUCAAUCAGGUUGGGUGA